GAAUAGUUAAAAUGACAGCUGGAGAAUUUUUAAAUUUCUGGCCCUAUUAUUCUUAUUCACCUUUCUACAAACACAGCGACACUUUUGACUACUACAAAUUCGGUCCAAUGUAUGACAGUUAUUACCGAAUACCUUACAGACUCCCACCAACGCAAAGUUAUUUUUCGUGGCGUUAUGAGAAUAGUUAUUACCCCUACUAAUUUAGGUGGGUUUUUUUGUCGAUUUUUAAUUUUUUUGAAGCUUUUUAAAAUAAAUGGAGCUUUAUGUAGUAUGUAG